GUUGGAAAUGGAAUGAAAGCAGCUUGGAAUAUAUUUUUAGAAGUGACAUCUGCAUUAUUUUACAAGAGCGAAUAUAAAUAGCUUGCAUAGGAAGCUGUGUGCUCUACAGAGGCUAAACAUGGGCAAACACUAAACAGAACAUAAAUGCAAAUGUUAAGAUGAACAACAGAAUUCAACUUGGAAAUACAAUCGUAUUUAAGAUUUAAAAAAUGAGAACAGAUGAACUUGAGGCUGUACUUUGGUGCACUAGGCAAAAAGGAUAGCAGUGAUUGUGUGAAGAAACGUAGAACGUUUGAAAUCAUAAGAUCAAGUUAAUGUGGUAAAUGGGAGCUCACAUAACAAAAGUGAGUAGCAACAGAGUUGAAAGCUAUGAGCCUAAAAUAAACAUGGCAAAUGAUAGAAAUGACGCGGGACUGCCAACAUUUGCGCUCGUGCCUAUAAACGCUUAUGAUAAUGACUGAGGAUGAAAUGACCGUUUAAUAAUGAAGUUAUUAAAUUGUAGACGUGCGCACAUGAGGCAGUGUUCCCAAGCUCUCCGCGAGGUCGUUCCCAUGAGGAGAGACUCGUCGAGGCACACCUUGCUGGAACUCCUCGUGGAAUCGAGGAAAUAUAUCGUUGACAUAACUCGACAUAGAAAUGAGCUGCAGAUGACUCUCCUGCAACUGAAGAAGGAGCAGGAAGCACUGAAAUGGAGGAAGAGGCAGGUCCUCUCCAACUCCCUGGCUUACAGAGUUAGGUUGGGUCAUUCGGCCUUCAAUUAUGAGCGCCGUGGUCACGUUCAAGACUUCGUUCAUGAGGUGGUCACGUUCAAAAUUUUGAAUUCAGCUUCAUUUGGUAUCAGAUGUACAGUUUGGAUUCAGGGAAUAUGGUGCAUUAAACUGAACUGA